AGGAUUUGGGUCUAAACUACUGGUCGAGCACAGCAACAACUUGAAAGUUCGAAAAUUCUUGGAAAGCGUGCCGCAUAUCAUGGUAUGUUUAUCAGUUGUUCAUAUUCAUAUAAGUAGAGAUAAAGAAUUAAUUGCCUAUUGAGUACACAUCAUACAGAUACAUGUGUACCCACCUAUAAAAUGUAGAUAUAGCUUGUCGUCAAGGUGCGGAUUGGAUUUUAAAUGACCUAUAUAGCAGCCUUUUCACAUGAAAAGUUUGAUCAAAAUUGAAUCGAUUAUGUUACAUUUACGUACUACUUUUGCUUCAAUUGCACGUCUGAUUUUAUUAAUGCUACUAUUAGGACAUUUUUAAAAGGUUUUCAGUAUUCUUUGUACUUUCCAGAAUUUUACUAUUCAAAAGAUUUCCUUCUGAUAAAUUUGAAACGUAUCAAUUUAGCAGUCUAUUUCUCAUAUUUUCUAUAAAAAAAAUUUAAGGGACUCAUCAAGGACAUCCACAAUGACGUUAUAGCUGAUGACUUUGAAAAUCUAAAAAAGCGAACUGAUGAUCCUGUCCCUGCUAUCGUCCUUUCAGCGAAAGACGGAAAUGGAAUGACACCUUUACACAAGGCUGCAGGUUUAGGUCGUUAUGCGAUUGCAGAAUACAUAAUUGCCAAGUAUCCUGAAAGCGUAUCAAUAACCGACACCAAAAAGCGCUCACCCCUUCAUUACGCUCCCUUGGCAAAAGAUGAUAACAAGACUUACGAACUGCUUGUUAAAAGCGGCGCUGAUGAAUACACUUUGGACAACAGAGAAAAAGCUCCCGGUUAUUAUAAGGGAAAGUUCAACGAGUUGGAAUCCAACUGGUUGUACGUGUUGCCCGAAUGUCCCCGAACAGCUAAACAAUCAUUCUUCAACGAAUACGAUUGGAAUCUUCUAAGUUCAUCUAAAAGCGACCCCGAAAUAAAGAAGCACAUAAAGACAGACAUCGAGAAACAUGAAAACGACCAACACAAAAAUAGAUCUGUUACAACGACCAGGAAAAGGACCGUCAGCAAGGAUAAAAUGACCAACGGUGAACGUUUUCGAAAGAAAUCGGAACAAGCGGACAGUCAAGAUGAAGAAAAUAGUCAGGAGGAUGACAACAUUACAACUACACGCGAGGAGCAUCAAGUGCACACAAGUAGCAACAAAACAAAUAGCCAAGAGGAAAAGGAAAAUAAUACAGGAGUAAAUUCCAAAAAGAAUAAACCAAAAUCGAUCCAAAAAAGCGAUUCAAACGGAAAAGAUAGAACAAAUACUGAAGAAGCAACAGAAAAUCCUCGCAAUAAAGAUUCGGCACCAGAUACCAAAAAAAUUACUGACAAACAAUCGAAAACUAAAUCUCUUGAUGAAGGGAGGAAAUCGGGAAAAGGCGACGAUAAAGGAGGAGAUAAAGGGAAACAUUUGAUUCGCGAAAAUUCCCAAAGGUCGCCUGCCGAAGAACAUAAUGUUAAAACUGGUGAAAAAGCAAAGCAGGGAUCGCCAGGUGAAACUUCGUAUGAAGAAAUGUGGCACCCUCCUCCUCCUGUCAGGGCCACUUCUCAACAAUUCAUCGACAUGGAAAGGGCCUCUUCAAGUGACAAGAACGUAUCGAAAACCGACGAAAACGAACAAGAUAAGAAAACUGAAAGCAACGAACAACAAAACAAAAGCGAUACUAAUUAUACGGUAUCGUACGUGGAAGGAUCCGGUGAAGGUGUUAUAGAAGGCGUUGUAAAUGGAGAAAACGAAGUAGAAUCUGUAAACGAAGAAGGUUCAGGGCAUAUAACGGAACAAGGACAAAAUUCAAAUGUGGUUAAUCAAUUAAUUCAUUCGGAUAACAUGGAACGGCUAGCGGCAUUGGUUUUAAAUGGAAAUGGCAACUGGCUGAUUGGACACAAAUCUCCUAAUCCCGAAAUACAGGCUUUUCUUGAUAAUGUCCCCGUAUAUAUGUCAAAAAUUCAUCGAAUUCAUUCUGCCGCAAGAAACGGAAGUUUGAAAGAUUUGCAAGCAGCUUUGGACAGGCGAAAAUUUGCUAUAGCAAAAGACAACAUUUCCCCAAACGGGGCAACAGCUCUCCACGUUGCAGUUUUAUUUGGGAACACGAGUAUCGUCAGAUACUUAGCAGGGAGGUUCCCGGAAACUGUAAAUACCACUGACGACAACGGCAGAACACCCUUACAUUUUGCAGCAACUUUAGACGAUAACGGACAUUACUACAAUCUGCUUGUCCACUUGGGAGCCGAUCAUACCAUUAAAGAUAAUAACGGUUUCACUCCAGAAUAUUACAAAACAAAGAGAAGUGAACUAUCACACCGAAUGCUACUAACGGAUUACGGGGGUGAAGAACUGGCAGAUGAAAUUUUAAAAGAUAAAGAUAAAUCGAAUAAUUCACAGGUGGACAUGCCUUUCUUUUGGACCGAAGAAGGGCGAUAUCUUGCUUCCUCGUUGGGAGAUCCCUUGAUAAAAGGACUGACUGAAAUUGCUAACAAACGUCCAGAAGAUCCGAUUGCAUAUCUCGCUUCAUAUCUUUCCAAUUUUUCGAAAGUUGAUGACGACAAUUGCAACAGCACCCCUAAUAAUAGUGCUAAUGUUAGUCAAAAUGGAAACGAUAAAACGAGUACAAGUUCUGGAAGAAACGAAUCGUUAAAACGAGAAAAGUCAUCGACUUCCAAGCACAUCGAUGUCGUAACGUUGGAUCCUAAUGCUAACAAUCCUGAAAUUGCAGAAGAAGUCAAAACUGCUUUCAAUUCAACAACCCGAGACGAACACGGACAAAGUAUGCUACACUUUGCUGCUGCAAGAUCACACAACAGAAAUGCAUUAUUUCAAUUACUUCAAGAGACAAAUAUAAACGUCGGCUAUCGCGACGAACUUUAUAGAACGGCGAGAGACAUUAGCAUUCAGGCGGACAUAACAGAAAAUACUCAGGAAAUUGAUAAAUACGUUUUCUAUAUCGCCUGCGAAGGAGACACAGACAAACUGGUAGAACUUCUGCUUGAAGGAUAUGAUCACAUUAUUGAUAUAAUGGAUGAUGCUAACGUCCCAAUUAUUGAGGCAGUUUCUCAGGAAAACCAACCCGAAACGGUCGCUUUCUUGCAAUCAAUUUUAACCUUUGAGGAAAAACGAGAAAGGGUUCAUUACGCUAUCAGACGAGGAAAUCUGAACGAAAUAAAGGAUAUGUUAGCUGACGAAAACGAAACAGGAAGUGGUAGAUUAUUGGCCGUGUGUAAAAAUAAUUAUGGACGAUGUACCUUACACAUCGCCGUUCUUUGUCAACAAGAAGAAAUUAUUGAGUACUUAGCGACACAAUUUUCGGAAUGCCUCAGUAUUGGCGACAACUUGGAACGCACAGCAUUACAUUAUGCAAUGGGGAUUGAAAAAAUUGAGUCAAUCAGCGGAAUUUUGAUAAAGGCAGGGGCAAAAAGGGUUGUAAAAGAUUUAAAGGGGCGCCAGCCUACAUACUACUUUAUGAACAAAUCCGAUAUAUUGAGAUUACAAGAAGAGGAAGAAAUGUUUUAAUUUUUACAACUUAUAAUACCAACAUACAAAAUUAAAUGUAGAAUAGUACCUUAUAGCGUAGUACGCACCAAGGGAAAAAAGUGCGGUAUUGCCCAUUGCCAAUUACCACCCCACCCGUAUAUGAUUCUUUACCAAAACCCCUGUCCCAAAAGUAAGAUAAUUUCCCAAUAAGGAAUAAAUGGUUUUUCUAAACCGGGAGUCAAUACUUUCUUCCCUUUGUGCGUAAUACAAGUACCUACUAUUUAACUAGUACCAAUCACCUAUUUUUUGAUAAGGUAGCUAAUUAUUUAUCCAUUAUAUAAGUACAUCUUCAAA